GUUGCAGUGCUGAGAACAAUGGUUUGUCUCCCUCACAGGGUAUGAAUGGUGGUUGUUGCUUGUCAUCACUGGAGCCUGAGGAACGGGAUUUCUUGUUCAACCAGAACUGUUGCCUGCCACAGUUAUGGAUACUCUGUCCUGGAUUUCUGACUUGUUCUUCUGAAAACCAGCCCAAAGGAGUGUUCUAUAUGAAUUUGGGAGAGUUUAUACUGAAGGGCUCCUGACUAUUUUAGGUGAUGGGAAGAUCGGAAAGUCAGAUGGAUAUAACUGAUAUAAACACUCCAAAGCCAAAGAAGAAACAGCAAUGGACUCCUCUGGAGAUCAGCCUCUCCGUCCUCGUCCUGCUCCUUACUGUCAUAGCUGUGACCAUGAUAGCUCUCUAUGCAACGUACGAUGAUGGUAUCUGCAAGUCAUCAGAUUGCAUAAAAUCAGCCGCUCGACUGAUCCAGAACAUGGAUGCAACCAUUGAGCCUUGUGCAGACUUUUUCAAAUAUGCCUGUGGAGGCUGGUUGAAACGCAAUGUCAUUCCUGAAACCAGUUCCCGUUACAGUAACUUUGACAUUUUAAGAGAUGAGCUGGAAGUUAUUUUGAAAGAUGUCCUCGAUGAACCCAAAACCGAAGAUAUCGUAGCAGUGCAAAAAGCAAAAACACUGUACAGGUCCUGUAUAAAUGAAUCUGUCAUUGAUAGUAGACGUGGACAGCCGCUACUCAAACUCUUGCCAGAUGUAUAUGGGUGGCCAGUGGCCACAGAAAACUGGGAACAAACAUACGAUACUUCUUGGACAGCUGAAAAAUCUAUGGCUCAAUUGAGUUCUAAAUAUGGAAAAAAAGUUCUCAUUAAUUUUUUUGUCGGCACUGAUGAUAAGAACUCUACCUACCAUAUAAUUCAUUUUGACCAACCUCGACUUGGCCUCCCUUCCAGAGACUACUAUGAAUGCACUGGAAUAUAUGCACAGGCUUGUAAUGCAUAUGUGGAUUUUAUGAUUUCUGUGGCCAAAUUGAUUCGUCAAGAAGAAGGAUUGCCUAUUGAUGAAAAUCAACUCUCUUUGGAAAUGAAGAAAGUUAUGGAAUUGGAAAAAGAAAUUGCCAAUGCUACAACCAAAUCUGAAGAUCGAAAUGACCCAAUGCUUCUUUACAACAAAAUGACUUUGGCUCAGCUCCAAAAGAAUUUUUCACUGGAGAUAAGUGGAAAGCCAUUCAGUUGGUCCAAUUUCACAAAUGAAAUCAUGUCAACUGUGAAUAUUAAUAUUCCAAACGAGGAAGAGGUGGUUGUGUAUGCUCCAGAAUAUUUAAUCAAACUUAAACCCAUUCUUACCAAAUAUUCUGCCAGAGAUCUUCAAAAUUUAAUGUCCUGGAGGUUCAUAAUGGAUCUUGUAAGCAGCCUCAGCCGAACCUACAAGGAGUCCAGAAAUGCUUUCCGCAAGGCCCUUUAUGGCACAACAUCAGAAACAGCAACUUGGAGACGUUGUGCAAACUAUGUGAAUGGCAAUAUGGAAAACGCUGUGGGAAGGCUGUACGUGGAAGCAGCAUUUGCUGGAGAGAGUAAACAUGUGGUUGAGGAUUUGAUUGCGCAGAUUCGGGAAGUUUUUAUUCAAACUUUAGAUGAGCUCACCUGGAUGGAUGCCGAAACAAAAAAGAAAGCUGAAGAAAAGGCCUUAGCAAUUAAAGAAAGGAUAGGCUAUCCUGAUGACAUUGUUUCAAAUGAUAACAAACUGAAUAAUGAAUACCUUGAGCUGAACUACAAAGAAGAUGAAUACUUUGAGAAUAUAAUUCAAAAUUUGAAAUUCAGCCAAAGUAAGCAACUAAAGAAGCUCCGAGAAAAGGUGGACAAGAAUGAGUGGAUAAGUGGAGCAGCUGUCGUCAAUGCAUUUUAUUCUUCAGGCAGAAAUCAGAUAGUCUUCCCAGCCGGCAUUCUGCAGCCUCCCUUUUUUAGCGCCCAGCAGUCAAACUCAUUGAAUUAUGGGGGCAUCGGCAUGGUCAUAGGACAUGAAAUAACCCACGGCUUCGAUGACAACGGCAGAAAUUUUAACAAGGAUGGAGACCUGGUUGACUGGUGGACUCAACAGUCUGCAAAUAACUUCAAGGACCAAUCCCAGUGCAUGGUGUACCAGUAUGGGAAUUUCACCUGGGACCUAGCAGGUGGACAGCAUCUCAACGGAAUUAAUACAUUGGGAGAAAACAUUGCUGAUAAUGGUGGUCUCGGCCAAGCGUACAGAGCCUAUCAGAAUUAUGUUAAAAAGAAUGGUGCUGAAAAAUUACUCCCUGGACUUGACCUAAAUCACAAACAACUGUUCUUCCUGAACUUUGCCCAGGUGUGGUGUGGGACCUACAGGCCAGAGUACGCAGUCAACUCCAUUAAAACAGAUGUGCACAGCCCGGGCAAUUUCAGGAUUAUUGGUACUUUGCAGAAUUCUGCUGAGUUUUCAGAAGCCUUUCAUUGCCGGAAGAAUUCAUAUAUGAAUCCAGAGAAGAAGUGUCGGGUUUGGUGAUCUUUGCAAGAGGCAGUGCAUCCCUUGGCUCGACUUGCCAACACCACAGAACUGGGGAACUCAAGCUGGGAGAAAGUUGGCCCCAGAUGCCACUGCAGUUACUUGGGCUAAUAAAUGAGAGCAUCGUAAUUCAAGUGAAAUUGGGUUAUUCUGGAAAAAAGUAUGGAAGGAAGAGGGGGGUCUGAGGUCUGUCAAAUCAGUCACUUCUCACAUGUAAAUAAUGAUUAAUUCCUACAGACGUUAUUACAAUUCAUUUCUGUAUCUUUGUGGUCUGUCACUUUGAUGUUUUCCCUAGAAAAUAGUGUUAAUCACUUGCAGGUGACCAGGAUUUCUGUUCAAGGAAUGAAAGAAGAUGUAUUCAUGCAGGUGGACACCAAAAUCACAGUGGUUAUAUGGUCAUUUUAAACAUAUUGCCUAAAUACUUGUUUUUACUUUUAUUUGCAAUAUGUAUACUCCUCC